AUGGCCACGGCCACAGUCCUCGCCCCAAGCUCUCACUACCCCCAGUCUUCCUACUCCAGCUAUCCACAACAUUCGUCCGGAGCAGCCCCGCCACCACUAUUAAACUCGGCCGCCAACAUGAUCUCAAGCGAGCACCGCAGAUCUGCUGACGAGAAGGAUCAGCCUGGCCGCCAAUCUCUGCCAUCUAUUUCGGAGGUUAUAUCUGCGACCAGAUCUGGCCAGUAUGGCCCUCCAACCCAGACGAAUAUGCAGCCCGGCUCCGGCCUGCCCUCGCCUUUCACAUCUGCUCAGCGCCCAUACCUCGAAUCUGAGAAGCACUCACCUCAGCAGCUGCACACACCCUCCGCGUAUCCUCCUCGUCAAGAAAACCUACCUGCGUUUACCGACUCGCCGCGACCUCCCUUCAACGGUCGACAUAGCUUGCCACCUGUUUCUGACCGCCGGCAAAUACCUCCCACAAAGCCCGACUUUCCGCAGCACCGCCUUGCUGAAUCUCAAAAACAAUCGGAUUCCCAUGCUUCCAAUGGUGCCUAUGGUCAUCCGCCGCCGCCCACCUCGCACCCGUAUCCUCCGGGGCAUCUUCCUCCUGGUCAAGUCCCUCUACCUGCCUAUCCAAUUUCACCCAGGCAUGCUGUGCCGCCGCCUCCAGGUCAAUAUGAUUCUCGUGGACAGCCUGUCCGACACGAAGAGGCUGAGUAUUCUAAUCGGUCGAGGUUCGAACCUGCUCCGCCUCGACACUUUGAGACGUGGAGCUAUCAGGAAGCCCUUAGCUGUAUUGGGACUGCUUCACGAACCAUCUUCAGUUUUGCCGAGGCGUAUGGGCGUAUUGCGCAGGAACAGCACGGUUCCCAUCCUAUUCCCGAGCGACUACCUACUGAGCGUGAAGUCAAUGAUGUGCUGGGAAACAUGGACAUGAUUAAACGAUCUUUGGAGCAAGUCAAGGAUCUUGUUCAGGCAUCUAUCCAAAGUGAGAGGGCCAGGGAAGGCACCAAGAUCAAAGGAGCGUUCGAGGAGGAGCAUCAAGACGUGCCUAUGUACGACAACGGAAUGAAGCCUCAGUAUACCAUGACGGAGGUGAAGAAGCGCCGUGGUCGAGCCGCUCAUCCAGGCCGAUGCCACAGCUGCAACAGAAUCGAUACCCCCGAGUGGAGACGAGGACCUGACGGUGCCAGAACGCUUUGCAAUGCAUGUGGUCUUCACUACGCCAAGCUUGAAAGGAAACGACAGCUGGAAGCCCGAUCUAUUCGUCCAAAACCCGAGGAUAGAAAUUGA